GCCAGGCAUGAAGUAACCCUCCGCAGCUGCUUGGCACGGACGCGCCAAACACCCCAGCUCCUUUCACGCACUAGCGACUCAAAACAACCGCCAGGCUGGGCCGACCAGCGCCCUGUGAUCAGCACGGACACAGCCCGGCUCUGGGAGCCCGCCCUGCCCGGAAGAGCACACAGGCAAGGGGGCCAUGGCCCUGGUGCCCCUGAAGAGGAGGAGGAGGGUCACCCGGUCCCCACCAGCAGAGCCCCCAGGCCCUGGGCGCUUCCCCAGCGUGGUGCUGUGCCUGGUGGAGAGGCGGAUGGGCGCCAGUCGCCGGGCCUUCCUCACCCAGCUGGCCCAGGCCAAGGGCUUCCGCGUGGACGUGGCCUACAGCGCCGCGGUGACUCACGUGGUGUCGGAGCAGAACUCGGGGGCCGAGGUGGCCCAGUGGCUGGGGGGCGGCGAGGGGGUGACCGCGCCGGCGGCUCCGCAUGGGGGGCUGAUGGCGUCGUAUGCCUGCCAGCGCCGCACCCCGCUCCUCCACAGCAACCAGGCACUGACGGAGGCCCUGGAGAUCCUGGCAGAGGAGGCGAGGUUCAGCGGCAGCGAGGGGCGCAGCCUGGCAUUCACCAGGGCAGCCUCCGUGCUGAAGGCCCUGCCCGGCCCGCUUGGCACCUUGGGGGAGCUGGGGCCUCUGCCCGGCAUCGGGGAGCACUCCCGGCGGGUCAUCCAGGACGUGCUGGAGGACGGCGUCUCGGCCGAGGUGGAGCGCGUGAAGCUGUCGGAGCGAUACCAGACUAUGAAGGUACCAGAUCUGGUUGGGGGAUGGGGUGCUGUGGGGUUUGGGACCGGCACAGUGGGUGGGGCUGGAGUUCCCCACGUGGCUGAGAUUUCCCGCCCCGCCCAGGGUUUGAUCCUCUACCAGCACAGCCAGGAGAGCAGCUUCGUGCUCUGCGAGGGCCCCGGGGCGCCGGGCGCCAGGGACUGCAUGGACCGCUUCGAGAGGUGCUUCUCCAUACUCCGCCUGGAGGCGCAGAGAGGCCAGAGGGGCCCGGGCGCGGCCCGAGGCUGGAAGGCCGUCAGGGUGGACCUGGUCGUGGCUCCGAUCAGUCAGUUCCCGUUCGCUCUGCUAGGCUGGACUGGCUCUCAGCACUUCGAGCGCGAGCUCCGCCGCUUUGCCAGGCACGAGAGGAAGAUGGUGCUGAACAGCCACGCGCUGUAUGACACCCAGCAGAUGGCUGGCAGCUGGGCCCUGGCUGCACCUAGCAUGGAAGAGCCAGUGAGAUAAUCAGACCGGGGGCUGGAAUCCUUCCAGAUGUGCAGCAGCCACUGCCCUCCAGAGUGGAGACAGCUGGCAGAGCCCCUGCUUGGAACCAAGAGAAGCCCUGCCCCCAUGGGAGGGGGCUACAUGUGAGCUAAGCAGCCUCUGGUCUCAGCACCACACCCACCAGUUCCUGCCAAGACCCUGGGCUGUCCCCGUUGCUUAUGCCCAUGGGGACGGGGGCAGACAUGGCCUGCUGGUGGGCCGGCUGGCUGCUGGGGCUGGCUGAGGCUUGGGGGCAGCUUCUGGCACAAGGGACGCUGGAGCCCUGGGCCCAGGAGGCUCAGUGGUCGGGAAACACGUCUGCAUGCCCAGCCCGCAGCCGGC